UAACCAGCCUUGCGAAAUUUUCAUUUCUCAGCCUUGCUUGCCAUCGCGUCAUAAAACCAACGAACCUGAGUCACAAACCGAAAAGACGUUUCACGAACUGAUUCUUUUGGUCCUUUUCUCAAACCAGCAACAUGGGUUCAGCUGCGAAGGAUAUUCCCACAGUCAAGACUGUCAAUGGGCUUGCUAGAACGCUGAGCAAUUCACUGAGUGUCACUACAUCGACCUCCCCUACCGCCACUUACUCCAAUCCCAAUACUCUGCAUUCGCCAUCAAACUUCUUCGGGGCUCCUCUUUCCAGAACUACCACGAGACCGAAGAUUCUAAAACCUUUCAUUGCGGAGGACAUCAAGAUUCUUCUGUUGGAGAAUGUCAAUCAAAGCGGGCAGCAAUUGUUGAGAGACCAGGGCUACCAUGUAGAGGCAUUGAAGUCUUCCUUGCCAGAGGCAGAGCUCAUUGAGAAGAUCAAAGAUGUUCAUGUUAUUGGCAUUCGAUCAAAGACUAAGCUCUCGGAAAAUGUCCUUCGUGAAGCAAAGCACUUGAUUGUGGUCGGAUGCUUUUGCAUCGGAACAAACCAAGUCGACCUUGAAUAUGCCGCCAACCAUGGUAUUGCAGUCUUCAACUCCCCCUUUGCCAAUUCCAGGAGCGUGGCAGAGUUGGUCAUCGCCGAGGUUAUUUCUCUUGCCCGUCAACUUGGGGACCGCUCAAAUGAGCUCCACAAGGGAACCUGGAACAAGGUCAGCGCCAAAUGCUGGGAAAUCCGUGGGAAAACUUUGGGCAUAAUUGGUUAUGGUCACAUUGGCUCUCAAUUGUCCGUUUUGGCAGAGGCGAUGGGCAUGUCAGUCAUCUACUACGAUGUCCUUAACUUAAUGGCACUCGGAACAGCAAGACAAGUCCCGACACUACAUGCUCUGCUCAACCAAGCGGACUUUGUAACUUGCCAUGUACCAGAGCUUCCCGAGACCAAGAAUAUGAUUUCAGUCACUCAAUUUGAGCAGAUGAAGGAAGGGAGCUAUCUUAUCAACGCGAGCCGAGGUACUGUUGUCGAUAUUCCAGCCUUGAUCAAUGCCAUGCGUAAUGGCAAGAUUGCUGGCGCUGCUUUGGACGUCUAUCCAAGUGAGCCUGGUGGAAAUGGUGAUUAUUUCACCAACAGCCUCAACGCAUGGGCAGAAGAUCUUCGCAGUCUCAAGAACAUCAUCCUCACCCCUCACAUCGGAGGUAGUACUGAGGAGGCCCAGCGCGCCAUUGGAGUAGAAGUUGGCGAUGCACUAGUCAGAUAUGUCAAUUCGGGAGUUACUCUUGGAGCUGUAAAUCUGCCCGAAGUCAACCUUCGAUCACUUAUGUCGGAUGAACAAAACCAUGCAAGAGUCAUUUAUAUCCAUCACAACGUUCCUGGUGUCUUGAGAAAAGUCAAUGAAAUUCUUGGAGACCACAACGUUGACAAGCAAAUCACUGACAACAAAGGAGAUGUUGCCUAUUUGAUGGCUGAUGUCAGUGAUGUCAGCCCGACCGAGAUCAAGGAAAUAUUUGAAAGUUUGGAAGCUUUGCCGUCUCGUAUCAUGACACGGGUCCUUUACUAGGUAGAUGUGGGCAAUACGUUUUCUAACAAAAUGGGAUCUAAGAGUGGCUGUCUUUCUAGCAUUCAACAAG